AUGAAUGACGAUCUCGAUCCACAGUCCUCCUCGGAUUCCGACGACUCGCCUCCGCCCGCCGCUGCGAAUGAGCGUGGCAUCGAGCGCACCAUCUCAGCAGGCUCGUCCAGGGGAUUCUUCUCGCAGUUCACUGGCGAGAGUCUUGGCGCGCACUUUGGCGGAGGCUCCUCCAAACGUCGUGGCGGGCUGACAUUUGGCGGCAGCUCGCGCGACACGAAGACCAGGAGGCGCGAGGACUCCUUCGGCACAGGGCUUGGUAGGAGGGGUGGACCUUCGCUCCCAUGGGAUCAGAGGGAGCAGGGUUCUUCCCUGAGGCAGAAGGAUGAACUUGUUGACACACAGGUGGUGGAGACUCUCCGUACUCAAAUCGGCGAUCCAUUUGAUGAUAGGGUACUCCAGUCAUUCAAGUGA